AUUUUUGUGUCAAAUGACGAUAUUAUCCCUGGAGCGGAGACGACCUGCGGGCAAAAGGGCUUUAAUACUGGUGAUUGUUGAUCCUAGCGGCAGAGAACGCCAGUGGUGGAACUAGAAGAAGAAAAAAAGAAAGAAAGUAACGUACGCCAUGGCCAGAUCUACAACCAAGGACGCCCAAGCUCUUUUUCAAUCCCUCCGUUCUGCCUAUGCAGCCACACCAACUAAGCUCAAGGUCAUAGAUCUCUACGUGGUUUUUGCUGUCAUGACAGCUUUCGUUCAGGUAGCUUACAUGGCUGUUGUUGGAUCCUUCCCAUUCAAUUCCUUCCUUUCAGGAGUGCUUUCUUGUGUUGGGACUGCAGUCCUUGCUGUUUGUCUUCGCAUUCAAGUGAACAAAGAGAACAAGGAAUUCAAGGAUUUACCAGCAGAGAGAGCUUUUGCAGAUUUUGUUCUCUGCAACUUGGUGCUUCAUUUAGUUAUAAUGAACUUCCUUGGAUAAUUUAGCAUCUUUAACUACGAUAAUGUUUUUUUAGGACCAUCAAAAUGAGACAACUAUAAAGUUAUAUGCCUUUGGUGCAGCAUUCACUGAUGGUUACUCUUUGUGAAGUUUGUGAUGUAUGCAACAUGAGAAUGAAGAUAAUGUGGGUCAGAAAUUUUGGCUUGAUUUUAAUUAUUGUCAAUUUUAGAGCUA